CGUUCGUUCGUUCGCUCGCUCGCUCGCUCGCGCUCAUCUCCAUCAUCCUCUCGCGACUGAGAAAAAAAACCCGCCAGCGCGAAACAGAUGGGAAGGCAUCCGCGGAAUUAGCGACCGUUACCGUGCUGAGAAUAACCGCCAAAACUUAACGGACACCGACAAGAAGUUCAGUUCGUCCAGAAGACUUCUGGACUGAGAACUUGAGGGCAUUUCACGUCUAUUCACGACUGAAAAAGGCAGGGUGGGCCAUGCCAUUCGGCUGUUUAAAUCCUGGCGAGAAGAAGGACUACAAUAGUCCUACAGAAAUUACAGACAAAUAUGAUCUGGGGCAGAUUGUUAAAACGGAGGAGUUCUGUGAGAUCUUCAGGGCGAAGGAUAAGAACACUCUGAAAAUGUACACCUGCAAAAAAUUCCUGAAGAAAGAUGGAAGAAAAGUGCGGAAGGCUGCCAAAAAUGAGAUUGUCAUCCUAAAGAUGGUGAAACACCCCAACAUCCUCCAGCUGGUCGAUGUCUACGAAACCCGGAAAGAGUACUACCUCUUCCUUGAGCUAGCCACAGGUCGCGAGGUCUUUGACUGGAUCCUGGAUCAAGGCUAUUAUUCUGAGAGGGACACAAGCAAUGUUAUCAGACAGGUGAUGGAGGCAGCUGCUUACCUGCACAGCCUGAAGAUCGUUCACAGGAACCUAAAGCUUGAGAAUCUAGUGUACUACAACCGACUGAAACAUUCAAAAAUAGUCAUCAGUGAUUUCCAUCUGGCAAAACUGGAGAAUGGACUCAUCAAGGAGCCGUGUGGAACCCCAGAGUAUCUGGCCCCAGAGGUUGUUGGGAGACAGCGAUAUGGCCGACCUGUGGACUGCUGGGCUCUUGGUGUGAUCAUGUACAUACUACUCUCGGGAAAUCCUCCAUUCUACGAUGAAGCAGAUGAGGAUGACUAUGAAAACCAUGACAAGAACCUUUUCCGGAAGAUUCUUGCUGGAGACUAUGAGUUUGACUCACCUUACUGGGAUGACAUUUCAGACUCCGCUAAAAACUUAGUGUCACGUCUUAUGGAGGUGGACCAGGACCAGAGAUUGACUGCUCAAGAAGCCAUUAACCAUGAAUGGAUAUCUGGAAAUGCUGCUUCCGACAAGAACAUCAAGGAAAAUGUGUGUGCACAAAUCGAGAAAAACUUUGCAAAAGCCAAGUGGAAGAAAGCCGUACGGGUCACGACCAUGAUGAAGCGUCUCAGGGCACCAGAGCAUCAGGCGGCAGGAGCAGCAGCUGCACCAGAAGUGGCCAACCCUGCAGCAGGAGCUCAGGAAAACCCCCAGGCUCCAUCUGAGGCCUCCACAGCCCAGUCGAGUACUGCUGAAAGCCCCUCUGCCAGCACAGAAACCCCUGUUGUGGAAGCAGCGGCCGCUGCCGCCCCACCACCAGCUGAGCCUGUUCUCCACGUCCCAGUGCCCGAACAGCCCGAUCCCACAUCGCGAUGCAACGGAGAAGCUUUAGACUCCCUGCCAUCGUACACAGGGGAGGAACAGAGCGAUUAAUCUCGCUACCUCUCCCACCUGUGUUUAGAUCUCGCACUGUUGUACAUAAGCAGCAAGCAUGCUAAUACUGAUUCCACAGCACAUAGCAUUAAUCUCAAAAAUAAAGGCCAAUUCACACUGCACCGAGAAAUCCGAGAGACAGCAACAGUGUGUUUUGAUUGGCUCUCGUUUUUUAUUUUAUUUGACGCCGGAUGUCUGAGAAGUGGCGUACUUGUAAUAUGGUGGUUGUCCACGUUGGUCGCCGUCUGUCGGUGCAGUGUGAAUUUGCCUUUAAACAUUUUCCAGAAAGCAUUCUCUUGUUUUCUAUUGAAUCACAACCCGUGUGACGCAUAUCGAAUGCUCUGGCCACUUUAACUUUGCGUAAAAUAAGAAAAAAAAUCUGUUUUCUGCUUACAUUAAGCCAAGAUCGGAAACUUUAGCACUGAUCUGCAUUCAUGCUUUAGGAUAGAUUAUCACUGUAGGCCCCAUUUUAUAGCUACUUUUUAUUUUAUUUUAGUGCAUUGCAAUUUGCUGACAUCUGUCUUGAACUAGUCAGAGGACCACAGAGACAGCUUCAUGCGCAAUGUACAGUUUCUGUAAAUAGCUUACUUACCUCUGUAGAUUAGACGUAGCCAAGAACAGCAUGCUUUUUUUCAGAUCUGCUGUUUAUGACACACAUGCCCAGGUAACGGACACAUUCAGCUUCAGCUUUACGUGGACAUUUCAUGUCUAGAUCGAACACGCACUCAUGAAACGUUAGGAGGAUUCAUACGAAAAAAACUUUUACAACAACCAAGGCGGCUAAAUUCAUCUCGUAAUGGUGUUUUAGUGGUUGAGACGUGUGGCCCAAUAAAUGGAGCAGAGUUGGUAAGCAUAACUAAUACCUCACAUCUGCUUGGUAGCUAGCCACAUGAACAGUGGAAAUGUGAUUUGUUCUUAUAAUGUAUUAUAUACUCAUUUGCAUACAUUGUACAUGUUUUGAAUAAUAUACCUUUCCAUUUUAAAAGUACACAGCCACACACAGUGAUCUUUGUUUAUAACAGGAUUUCAUUGGAGGCAUAAAUGUACAAGUUAAAGUGGCCAUUUUAUGGCUACUCUGAGAUGCUUUCGUUGGGCUGAAUAUUUACUCAUAAUCUUCAUUUUUCUUGAACUCAAAUCUUUUUUGAAUUACAAGUAGGCAUUAGGUAUUUAGGCCGUGGCAUUAAGAAGCGUUUUCGUCAAGUACACUAAAUACAGGUGUGAACGAGGUCUAAUAUGUUUUGAGUUUAGCUUGUCCACUUUCAACCAUUUCCAGAGGUGGUCAAAAACGGAUUGCACAGUCGUGUUCGGACAACCAAAAAGGACCUCCUACUCUCCACCUCAUGACCUAACAUGUAUGGGAUGCGCGCUAGCCGGACAGGAUCUAAAUUUUGUCGACUGAAGACACAUAAAAAUACACCAUUCCUAUCAGAGCAAAAAGGAAAGCUGCUGCUCCCAAUAUGUUUUUCUGUCAUCUCCGGGCAUGUUUAUAUAUAAAUUGCAUGAGCUUAUUUUGUCCCAAUCUGCCCAUAGACCCCUCCUUUCGAAGAAGUCAGGACAGAAGUGGUUGAAAGUGGACAAAAGAGACUAAUUAAAAUACCAGGUGUAAACGGGUACUUGUGAUCCAUUUGACCAAAACGCAUCUUAAUACCAGAUGUAAAUAGGGCCUUAUUUAAAGUCAUUGCCACCAUUCUUUUAAGAAAGGCACAUUAGGUCUUAUAUCAAAAUAUUUUCAGUGACAAAUAUAGAGUGCUGCAGGAAUGAGUUCUAAAACGCAGAAACAAGUUAGCAUUUUUGCACUUCAGAUCGUCCCUAAAUCAAUGCUUUUAGAAUGGGGUCUGUGGUUAAGAGGCUCAAGAUAUUUUUACAUUCUAUUGUACAACAUAAAAUACAUCAGUAAUACCAGCAAUUAAAUGCGGUUGCUACCAAAUGGCUAAAUGGGACUAAAGGUUUCCAGGGACAUGGCCUGUUCACACCAAGGACGAUAACUGUAAUGUUGUCUUUUAAUAAUUAUUUUAAUUUGAUAACAAUAGGGAAGUACACAUCACAAUAACAAUGAUAACGGCAGAGCAACAACACUAUUGGAAUUACUUUCAGAAUGACUUUUUUUCAACAGCUGAUGAAUAUAUAACCUUUGUUUGCCAAUCAGAAUCCAAUUUAAAGACUUUAAGGAGCUUGAGCAUUUAAAGCAGCAGACGACAAAACUACAGUACGUGCGAAAAAUAAGCAGAACACUAUCAUCUGUUGUAGACGCUAAUAUAGUUCUCUUUAUAGUUAUCAUUCAUGGUGCGAACGGGCCUUAAAAAUCAUGCCGAGCAGGACACUUUACAACUCGUAGAUUUUUAAGUCAAUAGUCAAUAAUUUUAUCCAUUAAAACUCAUCUUUGAUAAUACAAAAUGACAUAUUUAAACUUUUUUUUUCCCGUGAAAAUAUUUGAUCUCUGAGUUGCCUUCAAAAAAUCAAAAACGUCAUAGAAAGUCAGCUGAGAGAACCCCCGCCGUGCCCGCACACAAACAUAUUUUAGCACAGAGAAGCGGCUGGUAUGAGGAUAUAUAGGUUUACUAGAGCUUAUCGAAAAGCAAAAUCGAAACGGUUGACCUCUUUAUAUGAGCAAUAGUCUACAACUGCGAUACUGUGAUGCUACUCUCAAUGUCAGUGUCCAUGUGAACACUCAAUUUCUGAUUAGACUGUCCUCCAUUGAAGUUGACAAUAGUGACGUCAUUUUGGAAGGACGGGCAGGUCAGGACUUGAGCGGGACAGAUGAAGCCAGUGCACCUAAUGGUACUAUUACUUAGAACUUGUCAUACAGUUAAGGUGAACAAAAACAGUGAGUUUCCCCUCCAGUGGCCAACGAUUUGUAAUUGUUGUGCAGUGGUGACAAGCUGUAAUCUUCUAAACAUCAUAGGAGUCAGUGGAGGUUUGACUGAAGAAGGCCUUGAUAUGCAAUUAUGCUGUCAGUUCUCUAUUGAUUUCAUAAUGAUGCUCAGCAUGGGUUGCCACAGGCUUCUACUGAUAUACUUUAGAUCUCACGUGUCAUUGUCAUUUUGUAGCUUUCAUUUCUCUUUGAUCUUAUAAAAUGAUAUUUCUCUUCUAAAAUCUGUCGCAUACCUUUAUUCGUUCUAUCUACCCUGAGACUUUGAGAUGUCAUUUGUUUUUCUGUCUUUGAUUUCGUAUAAAAAUUCAAAUAGCGCAAACUGAUAAAAUCUAAAAUAAAAAAGUAUAAGUAAUGUUUCAUGUAGGUCUGGAAAAAAAAGUUUUAUAGCAUUCAUGUAUACUAAAACCGCAACUAGAUACUGUGUUACACAAUUCAAAGCAAUUUUUUUGAAAUAGUGCUUCACUAUUGCCUUUGGUGUUGUGUGUCUGUUGACUUCCUCAUCCUCUCAGACGUUCUUCUCAGUUUGGUUGACUGUGAACCUGUGAAUACACUGAGGACUGGCCUCUCUCCACUUUCACCUCUGUAUUCUUCAAAUCACUUUCAUGCUUUCAAAAUAAACACAUCCUUGAAUGAUCAUC